UCUAUAAAUUAAUUAAUAAAAUUCUGCCACAGAGUUGAUUUAAAUUUCAAAAAAUUCAAAAUAAUUUUUCUAAGCAAUUAAAAUACUUCGGACUUCCUUUUUAGAAUCAGCAAGCAAAUGAAAACUCUAAUGGCUUGGCGCCUUCUCUUCACGAAUCUCAAAUCCACUCAAACCCUAACCCUGCCCCAAAUCGUCCGCCAUUUUUCUGCUUCCUUCCUUAAGGAGAACCAGAAUCUUCGUCUUCCUGAACCUCAUCAGUUACUCUUCACCUCCCCAUUCUCCACCUCCUUCCUCGUGACCAAGCUACCGAAGAAGUUCAAGAAGAAACGCAAGAAACGCGAAAGCCCUAGGAUCAAGCUCGUGCAAUCGGAAUCCAGUCGCGUCUCCCACUUCGAGCGAAUCGUCGAAGCGGAUUCCUUCUUCAGGUUUCUUUUCAGGUCCAAGGAUUUCCUCUUGAAGCAGCCGGAGCACGUUGUUCGCCUCGACGAUGCCGGCAAGCUCUACCGCGAACUCGGCUUUCCGAGAGGUCGCAAAGUGGCUCGAUCCAUCGAGCGCCACCCGCUCCUUUUUGAACCCUACCGUCACGCCGACGGGAAAAUGUGGUUCGGAUUUACGGAGUUCAUGGAGGGGUUGAUCGAGGAAGAGAGACGGAUUAUGGACUCCAUGGAGAUGGACCGAGUUAGAACUGUGCGGAAAUUGCUGAUGAUGUCGGCGAAUAAGCGGAUUCCAUUGAGCAAAAUCUACCACUGUAGGUCGCUGUUUGGGAUUCCAGAGGAUUUCAGAGAUCGAGUAGCGAAGUAUCCGAAUUACUUCAGAGUUGUGGUUGAAGAUGAUGGGAAGAGGAUUCUCGAAUUGGUGAAUUGGGAUCCAUUGUUGGCUGUAAGUCAGAUCGAGAGAGAGUUUGUGGUGAACGAGGAGAAGGCGAAAAGGGCAUUCAAAUUUCCAGUGAAACAUGGGAAGGAUUUGGAUUUGGACGAGGAUGACACGAGGAAGCUGAAUUUGUUGAACACGCUUCCAUUGGUAUCGCCAUAUUCAGACGGAUCGAAGCUGGAACUUUGGACAUUGGAAGCACAGAAGUACAGAGUUGGAGUUUUACACGAGUUCUUGAGCUUGACACUGGAGAAGAAGGCUUCUAUUCACCAUAUUGUGGAGUUUAAGGAGGAGUUUAGCUUGACAAAGCAUACUUAUCAAAUGCUUCUGAAGCAACCGAGAACCUUCUAUCUCGCAGGAACAGAAAUGAAUUGGGUUGUUUUCUUGAAAGAUGCAUACAAUGAAGAAAAUGGCGACUUGAUUGAGAAGGACCCUCAAGUUGUUUUCAAUGAGAAGCUGCGUAGAUAUGCUCAGAUGCAGAAAAUGGAAUCAAAUUCCAUUCAGAAAUGAACUGUUCAAAUUGCUCAGCAAAAAAAUCUAUUACUCCAAUGAGUUAAGUAUGUAUAUCUCCUUUGGCAGACUUUGUUUUGCCGAUUCUUUGCCUGUUUAAAGUUUUGAUUAAUGUGGGAUUUGACAGAGUACGAACGAA